GCUCAUUGGACAUGAAAAUGUUUGCUGCACAAAAAGCUUCUUCUUAAAGUUACUGAUACUCGGCCCUACUUAACAGCAACCGUUAAAAAUUUUUCCAAACAUCCGUGCACGUUAACACCACACAAGAUGCAACGCAGUAGCCAAUCGAAUCAAGUUAAAUUCUAUCCAACUUUGACUACCGCAUCACGUGGGAAGUGUUUUGGCGUCCAGUCCCAGUGCAGGAAAUAAUAUUGACGGGUUUCCUUCUUUAAAUUGCUUUAAAUUCUCUUUGCUUUUCAAAUCGUUUUCUGUUAGCCCUAUUCUUUCGCUAAAGUAACUGAUGACAUAAUUGGGGGAGCGACGGAAACGUUGCGACAGAAGAACCUUAUAAGAGGAUUGAAUUCAGACUUCGUCGAAAAUGGCUGGUGAGAAAUUGGCAAAGGGCAUUACUACCUUCAGCAAAGAGGAGUAUGACUACUAUCAGAAAUUUAUCUCGUCGAAAAAAGAGUGGCCCGGUCUCAAAAUCAGAACUGAUUCACAAGUAAGAUGUAACAUACCAAUGAUCAUUAUGGAGCUGUACAGAUUGGUACCCUAUAAGGAAGGCUCCUACAUACACUUUCAUCCACUCAAUAUGCCUAAUGUUAAAGUAUGUAAGAUUGAACUAACAGGAAUGAUUAUAAGUAUUAAGACCUGUAACUAUUAUAUGACUUUGAUAGUUGAUGAUGGAACAGGAAGGGUGCAAGUUAAUUAUAAACUUAAUCAAAAUAAAAUACGCCUGAUGAGGCAUAAUAGAGAGAAAAACAGGAUUCAAGAUGAAAAUUUGAAGAGUAAAACAAAAAUGAAUGAAAGUUCAAAAAAGUUUUCUGAGGUAGUAUCCCCAUAUGACGCAACUAAUAUGGGGACCGAGUGCGAGUCAAAUGAUUUGGAUAUGUUAGUUGAAAAAGAUGAUUACAUACACAUUACUGGAUACCCAUGGCUCGACACAAAUUUCCAACAGGUACCAAAUGUAAUCACGACUGAAUUCAUGCGUAACACAAAAAUGAUGGUGUACGCGCUUUCUAUUGAGUGGAUCUCUGAGAAGAUGUACAACGAUAAGAUUGCGAAAUGGAUAAGCAAUACUAUUCGUGAGAGAUACAUAGAAGUGGAAGACUAUACUGCAAAGAAUAAAUAGUAAAGUUUAUAAUAUACAAAAAUUAUAUUGAGACUGUUACAUAUUUUUAAAGGAUUUUAUGUAUUAAAUAAUAAUGUUUAACAUCAGUUGACGACGUUAUUAUAUGACUCUUCAACAUUUAAAAUACAUUGAAUUCAAUAUGGAA